GUCAUAUAUUUAUAUAUAAGACAUAUUAUCGCCUUUCUUUUACCCGGGAAUAUGAAAACUAUAUUUGAUGAAAUGGCCUUCAGCAGGAAAAAAAUACGAAAGUCUUACCCUAGUAUUGGACCGUGUUUUGACUCCGCCACUCCACUUUGCCACAAAUGCCUGAAACACGCGUAUGCUACUACAUACUUUUGUAUAGCAAGCGGUUUUGACGAUUGUUUCGCGUUGAGUUUGUGUUUCGCGUUGAAUUUGUCUAGAAAAGGAGACAGUAUGGCCGUGAGAUUUGUCAAAGAAGUAUUAUCGAAGCUGUGCGACGCUUGUGAUAAUAAAUGUAAUAAAGUGGUGUUGCUAUUGGGUUACCAGGACGAAGUGAAUACCGUGUUUACCGAAUGCGUCAACGCAGAUAUUGGAGAAGAUUUUGACACCUUUGAAGCAGUUGAAUCGUUUUUUCCAUUCGGGAUUAGCGUAAAGGGGAUAUUCACUGGCGGAAAUAAUGAUUGUGCGCUUGAGAAGAAGCUAAAAAGUCGAGAAAAGGGGUAUUUUAAAGCAGAACAAUGUUCGCAUGAGCAUUUUGGGUUGAAAUUCACAAAAAUUGAUCUUGAUGGGGUGGAAAAAAUUUGCAAAAUAGAGGAAUUGUCAAAAAUUGAGGCAAUAAAGUUUCUGGCAGACAACACAAUUGUUUUCCAUAUUGAGGAAAUUACUGCACUCUUUGUUGAAAGUUCAGAUGCGAAAUUACUGAAAAAUAAAAUUCUACAACAAUUAGCCAAUUUGGAAAAGAAGCUUUUAUCUGAUAAAAUUGGAUUUUAUUUUAAAAGCCAGAAAAAACUACUUUUUGCAGAUGAGAAUUCCAGUUUCAGCAAUUAUUUGGGUGUAAAUGAUAAAGAAAGGAUAAAAAACAAUCAAGCCACUCAUUUUUAUUCUUCUCGACAAUUUUUUGAUGACGAUUUCCAUCACAAAGUUGCAAUGUUCGAGAAUGUUACGAAUGAUAGUGAGGAAUGCUUCGUGCCUACUUUAUUAAUUUCUAAAGAUUUGUUUUCAAGAGUGCAAAUUUCUUUAUCUGCUUUUAGUUUUAUUGAUAAAACUUCGACUUUAAUUGAAUUAAAAAAUUCUCUAACAUCUGCUUUAUGUCGACAAAUUUCAAAUAUCAAAUUUUGUGUUCGUUUAUGUGGAUCAGUCAACCAACUUACAGGAUUUAGUAUAAACCAUAUUUGUCUUCCUAAUUCAACUCACCAAAUAAAUUUUUGUAGAGCUGUAUAUGAAGACUUUGAGAUGAAGUUUUUACAUAAGCUUUUUAUGGAACCGUGUGAUAGACCGUUAUUCACAACUCAAAAUACUGUUAUAAUUGAUGCUCAAAGAUCUGAAGUUCUUUUGAAUACACAUGAAGGAUUAAAAUCUCCUAAUGUACAGGAUGGAAAAAUUUUUGCAGUUUCGGGACUUUAUGGAUAUCACCAUUACAUGCAAGAUCGAAUCGAUGACAAUGGUUGGGGUUGUGCAUAUCGUUCAUGUCAAACUAUUGUGUCAUGGUUUCGUUACCAAGGUUACACUCUUUCUCCUGUUCCAUCACAUAAAGAAAUCCAACAAGCGCUGGUAGACGUAGGUGACAAACCGAAAAAAUUUGUUGGUUCUAGAUUAUGGAUCGGUUCGAUUGAAAUUAAUAACGUUUUAAAUCAUUUACUCGACGUAACGUCGAAAAUUAUGUUUGUGAGUCGCGGUUCUGAAUUGGCAAUGAAAGGUCGCGAACUUGCCAAUCAUUUUGAAGAUCAAGGUACCCCAGUGAUGAUUGGUGGAGGCGUACUAGCGCACACAAUUUUAGGAGUGUGUUUUUCUGAAAUUACUGGGGAAACAAAGUUUCUAAUUCUUGAUCCUCAUUAUACUGGAUCCGAAGAUAUUAAAACGAUCCAAUCGAAAGGUUGGUGUGGAUGGAAAGGGCCAGAUUUUUGGGAUCAAACUGCUUAUUAUAAUCUAUGUUUGCCUCAACGACCAACUGUAACUGAUGGUUCUUUUCGAGUUUAUUAACUCUGUAGGGAUGGGUUCAGUGGUGGUCGGAUUUGGCGAAUCCGACUAAGAGGUCGUUUAAAAUAAACUUUAAAAAAUGACACUGAGUCAACAUCAAAUCAUAGUCUUGAAAAUGUGACGGAGUCGAUAUCAAAUCUCGGCCUAAAAAUUUGUUUCUUCAGUAAGAGAAGAUUUGGAUGUACAAUAAUAAGUGCCUGGCUGCAACACUUCUCAUUUAAUAGGAGUUUUAUAUAUAUCCCAGGAAGAGGAAAGGUGAUAAGACAACUUAUUAAUAUGGCGAACCAUGGAAUCUGUUUAAAAUCCAUGUAAAAGGUAUAAUCAACGUCACCAAAGCGUAAAUAUUGACUUGUUGUAUACAAGAAUCCUCUUUGUGAAUGCUUCGAACAAUUCUCAGCCGAGAUAGUGUUGACUUUAACAUUUUAAGAAGAAUUAAAAAGGGAGACUGGGUGUGAAUACCCAACUAUGGAAAAAAAAUUUCCUCAUUUUAUUUAUUCAUUUUUUUUGGUGGUGUGCAAUUUGAAGAUAUUAAUCAUACAGUGUCUUUAAUAAUCUGGUGUUGUAAUUUUUUA